GAGGGUUGUCAAUUUUUGUCAACACUGAUACUCUAUUUGUCUAUAAAAGUUAUUCCUGUUACAAUAUUUUGCACAAAAAAAAAAAAAAAAAUUUUAGUUUAUUUUAAUGUAAGAUUAUACCCAAUUUUUAAUGAAUUAAUGAAAGCUACACCAAUACUAGUAGAGUUAAGAGUUGUAGUAGUAGUAGCAAUAAUUCUUACUCAGUUUGCCCCCACCAACUUUCUUUGGUCCCCCAAUUGCCCAAUCCCACCAAGCAAACUUUCUCCCUCCUUUACCCUUUUAGAGAGAGAAACUAAACAAACUCAACUCCCCUUCAUUUCUUCUUCCUUUCUUCUUCUUUCACAAACUAUUUCUGCAAUAAAAUGCCACCAAAUAAAUAAAAAUUAAAUCUUUUUAGAGAGAGAAACAUAGAAAGAGAAAGAAGAAGACUUUUAGAGAGAGAAAAAAUGUCUGGAGUUUGUAGGGGAUUUUAGGGGGCAUACUUACAGCAUAUGGUCUCUCAUUUGCUUAGCAACUCCCAACUUUUUUUGCUCUCUUUCUCUCUCCUCGUUUUCCGCCAUUUUUUUUGGUUUAACCCCACUUCACUUUUUUGGGUGUUGCUUAACUUUUCCGGCGACUUCGCCGGAAACCCAUUUCUUCGGUUGCCGGAGCUCCGAUCUUCUUAGCUUUUUUUUAUCUCUAUUCUGAGGUUAGAUUGUUUUGAUAUCUAUGAAAUCUACAACGACUACGGCGGUGAAUAUUGCUUCGCAGACUACUAAUAAUAGUCCGUCUUCUGAAGGAGAGAAGAAGACGAUUAAUCAGGAGUUAUGGCAGGCGUGUGCAGGGCCUUUGGUGAAUUUACCGGCCGCUGGGACCCACGUUGUGUAUUUUCCACAAGGUCAUAGUGAACAGGUGGCGGCAUCUUUGAAGAAGGAUGUGGAUGGUCAGAUACCAAAUUAUACGAAUUUGCCUGCUAAGUUACUAUGCCUACUUCAUAAUGUGACAUUGCAUGCAGAUCCAGAAACUGAUGAAGUAUACGCUCAGAUGACUCUCCAACCAGUUCCUUCUUUCGAUAAGGAAGCUUUGUUGAGGUCUGAUCUUUCAUUAAAAGCACACAAACCACAGACGGAGUUUUUCUGCAAAACUCUGACUGCCAGUGAUACAAGCACCCAUGGAGGCUUUUCUGUACCAAGACGAGCAGCAGAAAAGAUUUUCCCUCCUCUUGAUUUCUCCAUGCAACCACCUGCUCAAGAACUAGUGGCCAGGGACUUGCAUGAUAGUGUGUGGACCUUCCGCCACAUAUAUCGCGGACAACCAAAACGGCACCUGCUAACAACGGGAUGGAGCCUUUUUGUUAGUGGGAAGAAACUUUCUGCUGGUGAUUCAGUUUUGUUUAUCAGAGAUGAGAAGCAGCAUCUUCUUUUAGGAAUUAGGCGAGCUAACCGACAACCUACUAAUUUAUCGUCAUCAGUGCUCUCUAGUGAUAGCAUGCAUAUUGGAAUCCUUGCAGCUGCUGCCCAUGCGGCUGCAAAUAAUAGUCCGUUUACAGUUUUCUAUAAUCCAAGAGCUAGCCCAUCAGAGUUUGUGAUCCCACUUGCGAAGUACUACAAGGCUAUAUAUGGUCAACAAGUAUCUCCUGGUAUGCGAUUCAGGAUGAUGUUUGAAACUGAAGACUCAGGAACUAGAAGGUACAUGGGUACAAUCACAGGUAUUAGUGAUCUAGAUCCUGUGCGCUGGAAGAAUUCUCAGUGGCGUAAUUUGCAGGUUGGUUGGGAUGAGUCAACUGCUGGAGAAAGGCGUAACAGAGUUUCUGUUUGGGAGAUUGAACCUGUUACAGCUCCAUUUUUCAUAUGUCCCCCACCAUUCCUUAGGCCAAAGCGUCCAAGGCUACCAGGAAUGCCAGAUGAUGAAUCUGAUGUCGACAACCCAUUCAAGAGAACUAUGCCAUGGCUUGGAGAUGAUCCGCAUGCUUUAACAGGCAUGAGCUUGAUGCAGUGGAUGAACAUGCCACAAAAUCAAUCCUUGGCUAAUCCAAUGCAGGCAAAUUUUUUGAAUACUUUACCUGGUACUCUUCAGAGUCUUCCUGGUGCUGACCUGUCCCGUCAAUUAGGAUUUACUGCACCACUGAUGCCUCAUCAGAACAACUUACAGCUCAAUGCUCAGAGUCCAGUACAAUCAGUUCAGCAGCUUGAUCAGCUCCAGAAGUCAUCAGGAGCUUUGAACCCAUUGAGCUCUCUAAUACAGUCGCAGCAACAGUUAUGUGAUGUUUCUCAGCAAUCCUCGAUGCAUAACUUGAUCAACCAAUCCCUAUCUUCAAACCAUGUCCAGUCGCAGCUAGUACAGUCUCAGGGUCUUGUACAAAGUCAGAAUUCAUUUCAUCAGCCAACUUCUCUUCAAAGCCAUCAGCCCCUGGGAAACCUACCCCCACAGCAGCAGCAGCAAAGUCCAGGACCCAGUCAACAACCAAGUUUAAAUCAAUUGCAACAAGUUACUGACAACCAGCUUCAGCUUCAACUUUUGCAAAGGCUUCAACAGCAACAGCACUCGCUCUUAUCUCAGCAGUCUGCAUUGCAGCAGAUAAAUCACGUGAACCAACUCCAAGAACUGCAGAGAUCUCAGUCAGAUGUGUCUCAAAGCUUUUCUAGGGCAUUGCCUUCAUCACAAAUGAUGGAUAUGCCUCAAGCACAAAUGAAGUCUCUCCCUCAGUCCCAGGUUAUGCCACAGCAGAUAUCUAGGAGCAGUAGUCUGACAGCAUCACACUUCUCUCAAACACCUCAGGUCCCAAAACUCCCACAGCAGCAGUCUGGUGUAAUGCCGGAACUGCAUGGUCCAGCUGGAGUUGCACUCAAUCCUAUGUCAAAUCAUCCCUCCUCUGCAGUAAGCAGCAGUUUUGUAGGAGCUGCUGCAGGUGGGCAUUCAGCACUAACUGAUGAUAUUCCAUCAUGCUCAACUUCUCCUUCGACAAACAAUGGUCCUAUUGUCACUCAGACAGUCGUGAACAAUAGAGGUCACCGAAAUUAUGCCUUGGGAGAAGGGAUAAAUCAGUCUAAUCUUUUGAGUUCCAAUAGUUUAGAGACUAUGGCAGCUCAUAACUCGUUUCAAGAGUUGCAUCAAAAAGCUGCUGUCAAGCCUUCUGUCAACAUUACUAAGGUUGAAAGCCAAGGACAUUUAACCCGGCAAACAUAUCAGAAUAUCCCUAUGGAUUAUUUAGAUACAUCCUCUGCAACAUCAGCUUCUCUCUCUCAGAAUGAUAUCAUAAGUCAGAACAAUCCAUUAUCUAAUCCACAAUCAAGUUUGUUAGGAGAUACAGGUCACGAUGUGGAGGUACAAGCUGAUGUUAGAAACAACAUUCACGCUGGGGCAAGUAUUAAUGAGCAGCUGGGGACAUCCUUGGUCUCAGAUACUAUGAUGACAAAGAAUUUACCAAGGUCUGAUAAGGAUUUCUCAAAUAACGUCUCUUCUGGUUGUAUGCUUAGUACUUACGAAAACUCAAAGGAUGCUCAGCAGGAACUCUCAUCCUCAAUGGUUACUCAGUCAUUUGGUGUACCAGAUGUUGCAUUCAAUUCAAUUGAUUCUGCAUUAAGUGAUGGUAGUUUUAUGAAUAGGGGAGCAUGGGGCCCACCCCCACCAUAUCAGAGACUGCGGACCUACACAAAGGUUUACAAGCGUGGAGCUGUUGGUAGAUCUAUAGAUGUUACUCGUUACUCGGGUUAUGAGGAGCUCAAGCAGGAUCUGGCUCGGAUGUUUGGCAUAGAGGGACAGAUGGAAGACCGGGGAAGAGUUGGAUGGAAACUUGUAUAUGUGGACCAUGAGAACGAUGUCUUGCUAGUGGGUGAUGAUCCCUGGGAUGACUUCGUGAAUUGUGUUCGGUGUGUAAAAAUCCUCUCCCCUCAAGAAGUUCAACAAAUGAGCCUUGAUGGUGAUUUUGGGAAUGCUUCUCUACAGAAUCAAACCUGUAGUAGUUCUGAUGGUGGAAAUGUAUGAAUUUUAGAGCCAUGCUUCUACCAGUUAUUGUGUGCAGAAGACUAAAUUGAGAGGAUAGAGUUAGCCCCUGGCAUAUACUUGUGCUGAUUUUUAUGCAUUGCAGCAAGCUGUUGUGAUGCAAGCCGAGUUUUAGCCUUGAUAUAGAAAGUUAGAAAUCAUUUCCCUCAUUUUUGGGCAAGCCUUGUGGUAUCCAUCAUAUAUGGCUAGUAGGACAGGGAGCUCAGAAAGUUGGCAACCAGACCAUCCUAUGAUUUCAAUGGUAUUCUGGCAAGCCUUCAAAAUUGUAAUGAUGUAUGUUCUAGAUUAAUGUAAAUCUCUCUUAAUUUAUAAAAUCAAAGUUCUCGGUUCAAGUCACUUUGAGAAAUUUGGCUUGAAAAUUUUGUGGCUAAUUCAUUCAACCAAGUGCAUUGACAAUUUUCACUCUAAUCAUUGGGAACUGUCUUAGUUCUAUCUAAUGAAGAAAGUCAUUAUAUGCUGACUUUUUCGCCUGUCCUCUUUGACCAAUGUUAGUAAUAUAUAUAACAAAAAGAAAAAGAAAAAAAAAAAGAUUUAGGUGGAAUGUUGUUGAAAUCAUCCCAAUGUAUUAUAUUCUAAAUACUUCGUAACAUAUUAUUUUCUAAACAACAACAAUGUAGCCUUUACCACAAACCAAAUUUUAUUUCAAGGCACAUUGGAUUAAAUUCAAACUGAACAACAAAUAAGCACCCUGACACACAAACAAGAAAAUGAGCAACUCUUUUCUCUCCACAUAAUUAUA